AUGACCAGGAAAGAGUAUGUCAAUUGGAUUGAAAAACAAUGGGCUGUUAGAGUGGAUGAAUUGACAGUAACAAGAAUUUUACAAAAAAGUGAAGACAUCCUUAACACUGAAAUUAUAUGGCCUAAUGCCAAAAGACAUAAAUCUGUGACAGUGCCUGAACUAGAACUCGAACUUGCCCUUAGAGAAUUCAUUUUAACCUACCAAGAUAAAGCAAUCUUAAGCAAAGCUAUUUUAAUCGAAAAGGCAAAACUAUUGGCAGUUGGCUUGGAAGUUCCAGAUGGAACAUCAAAGUUUUCUGCUGGGUGGCUCCAGAAAUUUAAAGAGCAUAAUGGAAUCUGUCAACAACAGCUUCAUGGGGAAGUGUCAUCAGUCAAUUUAGGGCUAUGGCUGAUGCCUUGCCAUUGUUAA